GCGAUUCACAUCGCGCCCGCUUUCUCGUCUCGUAUGCAUGCCUAUCCCGGGAAUGGUGUAGUCAGCCCGUAUCUGAAUUAUUUAUAGACUCGUGCCAGCUGUUUUUUUUUUUUAAUUUUUUUUUUUUAAAUUCAGCUUGUGUGCAGUAUUGGGAAAUGCGUUUUGCCUUCCUUUCUUCUCAAUAUAUUAAUGUCUUUGUUGGGGAGCGUUUUCUAUCCCCUUCAGAUCCCUCUAAUACAGAAUUGAUGCUUAUUUUUCCCUUCAGGAAGGGGACGCUUUGAGGAUAAUCAUGCUUCACAGAAGAACGGCACCGACCUCCAGUUGCAUUAAACACAACCUCCUCCACUAGGGCUCCAGGAAAAAAAAAAAAAAAAAAAAGAGAGAGAAUAAUUAUAAGAAUAAUCAUUAAAAAGGCGAAAGGAAUGCUUACUCUGGAACCUGCAUUUGAUGAUCCUCACCACUCGCGCUGAAUAUCCUCUGAAGUGAUUCUCUUCAGCUUUUGAAUUUGCACCGCUUCAAGACGCAAGAUUGCCACAAAGAAACCUCUAUUUUUUUUACAGCCAAAUAGGAUUGUUUUUUAACUCAUUCCCCCACAUUUGCCCCCGACCCUAAUUCUUCUUAUGUGGAUAUGCAAGCAAGAAGAGGAGACUGGACAUUCCCAACAUGCUCUCUCCCUUGAUCUGUCCGUCUAGAGGUUCUGCUUCUACAAACCAAGGGAGUGUAAGAGCCGAAGAUGAGGCCCAGGGUGGAGUGCUACUCUCCAAGGUUUUGGCUGGUGCUGGCAGUCCUCGCAACAACAGGGAGCGGGGCCCAUGCCCAGAAAAGCCACCCGAGCAUUGGCAUUGCAGUCAUCCUGGUGGGGACCUCAGACGAAGUGGCCAUCAAAGAUGCCCACGAGAAAGAUGACUUCCACCACCUCUCAGUGGUGCCUCGGGUGGAGCUGGUGGCCAUGAAUGAGACAGAUCCCAAGAGCAUCAUCACCCGCAUCUGUGACCUCAUGUCUGACCGCAAGAUCCAAGGGGUGGUAUUCGCCGAUGACACAGACCAGGAAGCCAUUGCCCAGAUCCUGGACUUCAUCUCUGCCCAGACCCUCACUCCCAUCCUAGGCAUCCAUGGAGGCUCCUCUAUGAUCAUGGCAGAUAAGGAUGAGUCAUCCAUGUUCUUCCAGUUUGGCCCAUCAAUAGAACAGCAAGCUUCUGUCAUGCUCAACAUCAUGGAAGAAUACGACUGGUACAUCUUCUCCAUUGUCACUACGUACUUCCCUGGUUACCAGGACUUUGUGAACAAGAUCCGCAGUACCAUUGAGCACAGCUUUGUGGGCUGGGAACUGGAGGAAGUCCUUCUGUUGGACAUGUCCCUGGACGAUGGGGACUCAAAGAUCCAGAACCAGCUCAAGAAGCUCCAAAGCCCUGUUAUCCUCCUCUACUGCACAAAGGAAGAGGCCACCUACAUUUUUGAGGUGGCCAACUCAGUGGGUCUGACAGGCUAUGGUUACACGUGGAUCGUGCCCAGCCUGGUGGCAGGGGAUACAGACACAGUGCCAUCCGAGUUCCCCACCGGGCUCAUCUCUGUCUCAUAUGAUGAAUGGGACUACGGUCUUCCUGCCAGAGUAAGGGAUGGAAUAGCCAUAAUCACCACGGCUGCUUCUGAUAUGCUGUCUGAACACAGCUUCAUCCCUGAGCCCAAGAGCAGCUGUUACAACACCCAGGAGAAAAGGAUUUACCAGUCCAACAUGCUCAACAGGUACCUGAUCAACGUCACCUUUGAAGGCAGGAAUUUGUCGUUCAGUGAGGACGGAUACCAGAUGCAUCCCAAGCUGGUCAUCAUCCUUUUGACCAAGGAGAGGAAGUGGGAGAGGGUGGGGAAAUGGAAGGAAAAAAAGUUGCAGAUGAAGUAUUACGUGUGGCCGCGCUUUGAGCUGUAUCCCGACUCUGAGGAACGCGAGGACGAUCACCUGAGUAUCGUGACCUUGGAAGAGGCACCAUUUGUCAUUGUGGAGAACGUGGAUCCCCUAAGUGGCACCUGCAUGAGGAACACGGUCCCUUGCCAAAAACGCAUAGUGACUGAGAACAAAACUGAUGAGGAGCCGGAUUACAUGAAGAAAUGUUGCAAGGGGUUCUGCAUAGACAUCCUCAAGAAAAUCUCAAAGUCUGUCAAGUUCACCUAUGACCUCUACUUGGUGACUAAUGGCAAGCAUGGAAAAAAGAUCAAUGGGACAUGGAAUGGAAUGAUUGGAGAGGUUGUCACCAAACGGGCCUAUAUGGCUGUGGGAUCCCUCACCAUUAAUGAGGAACGUUCAGAAGUGGUGGACUUCUCUGUGCCCUUCAUUGAGACGGGAAUCAGUGUCAUGGUGUCACGUAGCAAUGGAACUGUCUCACCUUCUGCCUUCUUAGAACCUUUCAGUGCUGACGUAUGGGUGAUGAUGUUUGUGAUGCUGCUUAUCAUCUCUGCGGUGGCUGUCUUCGUCUUUGAGUACUUCAGCCCUGUGGGCUACAAUCGGUGCCUUGCUGAUGGCAGAGAACCAGGAGGUCCCUCUUUCACCAUUGGCAAAGCUAUCUGGCUGCUGUGGGGGCUGGUGUUCAACAACUCUGUGCCAGUACAGAAUCCCAAGGGUACCACUAGCAAGAUCAUGGUGUCGGUGUGGGCCUUCUUCGCUGUCAUCUUUCUGGCCAGCUACACUGCCAACCUGGCUGCCUUCAUGAUCCAAGAGGAAUACGUGGACCAGGUGUCUGGCUUGAGUGACAAAAAGUUCCAGAAACCAAAUGACUUCUCGCCCCCUUUCCGCUUCGGGACGGUUCCCAAUGGCAGCACGGAAAGGAACAUCCGCAACAACUACCCUGAAAUGCACAGCUACAUGGUGAAGUUCAAUCAGAGGGGUGUGGACGAUGCUUUGUUCUCGCUGAAGACUGGGAAGUUGGAUGCUUUCAUUUAUGAUGCAGCAGUGCUAAACUACAUGGCUGGCAGAGAUGAAGGCUGCAAGCUGGUGACAAUUGGGAGUGGGAAAGUGUUUGCCUCCACUGGCUAUGGCAUUGCCAUCCAGAAGGACUCAGGCUGGAAGCGCCAGGUUGAUCUUGCAAUUCUACAGCUUUUUGGAGAUGGGGAGAUGGAGGAGCUGGAAGCUCUCUGGCUCACUGGUAUUUGUCACAAUGAGAAGAAUGAGGUUAUGAGCAGCCAGCUGGAUAUAGAUAACAUGGCAGGUGUCUUCUACAUGUUGGGAGCAGCCAUGGCCCUCAGUCUCAUUACCUUCAUUUGUGAGCAUCUCUUCUACUGGCAAUUCCGCCACUGCUUCAUGGGUGUCUGCUCUGGCAAGCCUGGUGUGGUCUUCUCCAUCAGCAGGGGUAUCUACAGCUGCAUCCACGGUGUGGCCAUUGAAGAACGCCAGUCAGCAAUGAACUCCCCCACAGCAACUAUGAACAACACCCAUUCCAACAUCCUCCGCCUGCUUCGGACAGCCAAGAACAUGGCCAACCUGUCAGGGGUCAACGGCUCACCACAGAGUGCCCUGGACUUUAUCCGCCGCGAGUCAUCCGUCUACGACAUCUCUGAGCACCGCCGCAGCUUCACCCACUCAGACUGCAAAUCCUACAACAACCCCCCCUGCGAGGAGAACCUCUUUAGUGACUACAUUAGUGAGGUGGAAAGGACCUUUGGCAAUCUCCAGCUGAAGGACAGCAAUGUGUAUCAGGACCACUACCACCACCACCACCGCCCCCAUAGCAUUGGCAGCACCAGCUCCAUCGACGGGCUCUAUGACUGUGACAACCCGCCCUUCAACGCCCAGUCGCGCUCCAUCGGGAAGAAGCCCCUGGACCUGGGCUUACCCCCUGCCAAGCACAGCCAGCUGGGUGACCUUUAUGGCAAGUUCUCCUUCAAGAGUGACCGCUAUGGGGGUAGUGGGACCCACGACGACCUGAUCCGCUCAGACGUCUCUGACAUUUCCACUCACACGGUCACCUAUGGCAACAUUGAGGGCAAUGCAGCCAAGAGGCGGAAGCAGCAGUACAAGGACAGCCUGAAGAAGCGCCCAGCCUCCGCCAAGUCCCGGAGGGAAUUUGAUGAGAUAGAGCUGGCCUACCGCCGGCGCCCGCCCCGCUCACCUGACCACAAGCGCUACUUCAGGGACAAGGAAGGGCUACGGGACUUCUACCUUGACCAGUUUCGGACCAAGGAGAACUCACCACACUGGGAGCACGUGGACCUGACGGAUAUCUACAAAGAACGGGGAGAUGACUUUAAGCGUGACACGGGAGGAGGAGGGGGUGGAUCCUGCACUAACAGGGCCCAUCACAAGCACGGCUCAGGCGAGUUUGGUGGAAGCAAUGAGCACAAGCAUAGUGUUGUGAGUGGGGUCCCAGCGCCAUGGGAGAAGAACCUGACCAAUCUAGACUGGGAAGACCGGAGCGGGGCUAAUUUCUGCCGCAGUUGCCCUUCUAAACUGCACAACUACACGCCAUCAACGGUGGGGCAGAACUCCACCCGCCAGGCCUGCAUCCGCUGUGAGGCUUGCAAGAAAGCGGGCAACCUGUACGACAUCAGUGAGGACAACUCCCUCCAAGAGCUGGACCAGCCGCCUGCCCCUGUGCCCGUGGCCACCAGUGCCACCUCCUCCUCCAAAUAUCCUCAGAGCCCUUCCAAUUCUGCCUCUAAGGUGCAGAAGAAGAACCGCAACAAACUCCGCCGGCAGCACUCCUACGACACCUUUGUGGACCUGCAGAAGGAUGACUCGGCCCUGGCCCCCCGCAGCGUCAGCCUCAAGGACAAGGGCCGCUUUUUGGAGGGGAGCCCCUACGCCCACAUGUUUGAGAUGCCAGCCAGUGAGACCACCUUUGCCAACAACAAGUCCUCAGUGCCCGCCACCAGCUACCACCACCACAACAACCCCGGCAGCAGUGGGGGCUACAUGCUCAGCAAGUCGCUCUACCCCGACCGGGUCACCCAAAACCCUUUCAUCCCCACUUUUGGGGAUGACCAAUGCUUGCUCCACGGCAGCAAAUCUUAUUUCUUCAGGCAGCCUGUGGUGGCAGGAGGGCCCAAAGCCAGGCCAGACUUCCGAGCCAUUGUCACCACCAACAAGCCGGUGGUCUCAGCCCUUCAUGGGGCUGUGCCAGCCCGUUUCCAGAAGGACAUCUGUAUAGGGAACCAGUCCAACCCCUGUGUGCCUAACAACAAAAACCCCAGGGCUUUCAAUGGCUCCAGCAACGGGCAUGUUUAUGAGAAACUCUCCAGUAUUGAGUCUGACGUUUGAGUGAGAGGGGAACAGCGCGGGGAGGGACUGGGGAUGUAUGUGGAGCAUGGGAGGGUGGGGUGGGAUCAAUCCCAUCAGCUACUCUCCUGAGUCGUCCUUAGUUUGUGGGAUACUGGAGUUGUGAGUAGUGCAGCACUGGUGACAAGUGCCACCUCUUUGGUUUCCCCUCCUCCUCCUUUCCCAAGCCUCCCGUUUUAUCUCUUUUUCCAUGUUCUCGCUCCUCCCAUUCUCCUCCAUUCCUGGCCAUUGCACUUUACAGUGAUGUCGGAGUUGGAUAUCCUUGCUCAUGGUUUCAGGAAGCAGAGAAAAAGGCAGGGAAGGGGUGGGCUGAGGAGAAGCAGCAGUGACUUCAGUGUUCACUUCUGCUGGCUUUCAGCAGGGAAAGGCAUGUGCGCACACGUCUCUGUGUGUGUGUGUGACAGGAGGAGGCAGCAACAGCAGUGUAAUGGACAUGCAGGAAAAUGUGCUUGCUCAGGCAACUGUUCCUAAAACUGCCUAGAAAAGAGUAGUGUUUGACGUGGAGAAAGUGAAGGGAGAAUAACAACACUAACUUGAUGAUGCACUUACAUGUUAGGUAUAUUGAGGUUCUUGUUACAUUAUUUUGUGAAGACUAUGGGGGUUUAGGGCUGAAAUAUAUAUAUAUAUAUAUUUGCGUAUAUGCUGAGAAAUUUUACGCUAAAAUUUUGAAUUGUCUGCUGAGGGGUGUGGAGGGAGGGAGGGAAGAUUUGUCUGCAGGUCAGGCUAGUGGUUUCACUAUGGCUUAUUACAGCCAUUGAAUCUAUGGCAGACCAGUGGGAGAUAGAGAAAAGAAGUGGAGUAGGAGUUUGAGCCUCUCUGACUCCAGGGUUGGUUUCCCAAACUUAGACAAAAGAUGCUGGUUUGCACAGAAAUAAGAAGGAUUUGAGGAAAGAGGAACAGGAUUGGUUCGUUAGCUGUGAGCUGCUCACUAGUUCUGACAUUCUUCAAGGGUGGGAGCAGUAUAUAGUAUGGGUUUGUCUAUCUGCAAGUAUAUACAAUAACUUUAUACUUGAAAUAUCUAUGAAGAAAGCAAAAUAAACCCAGUAUCCUUUGAGGUGUCUGGAGAACAAACACAGUAGAACAGAGCUUAAGAAUAGGGAAAGGUGGGGAGUUUUUUCACUGUCACUUCAGGGGACACCAAACCCAUUUUGGGAUGUCCUGUCAGCAAGGACGGGAGAGAAAGAAGGAGCUUAAUCCUUCUGCUCUCUCUACACUUGGCCAGCAGGUUGGAAGAAAAAGAAUAGGGUGCCCUCUGCCAAUGGUGGAAAGGAAAAAAGAAAUGCCAUAGAAGGGUGAGUCUGGUGGUGCUGGUGGACUGUUUCAAUGCCUCCUUGCACAUGUGAAAAUGGGAGGAGGGUGUAUGCACCCAUGUGUAUAUUUACUAUUGAAUGUGCAGAGGAAGUACACAGCUUGUCUUCCUGGGAAGGGAUGUGCUUGAAUAAAUGCCAGAGAGCACAGAAACUUGUGCUGAAGACUGAAGAUGUACAAAGCUGAGAUGUGCGUGUACGUGUGCGUGUGCCUCUGUGUGAAAGAGAGAGAUACUAGCACAGGUGUAAAGCUGGAAUAGCCUAGGGUUUCCCAUCCCUGCAGUUGUAGUGACAGCUUUCCUGGUGCACUUAGUAUCAAUAAGAGCGUUUUUUCUUUUCAUUGUAUCAUUUUAGAUGCAAGCUAAACUAAAGGAAAAGGAGCAAUGGUAGGAAUGAGAAGCUGAGCACACCUUUCAUAUGUCAUCUAUCUCCAGAGGUGGGGGUGUGGACUGACCCCUCCCAUCCUGAGAGAUAUGGCAAAGUCUCUAUGGCUUAUCCUGGGUCUGUCCCAGUGUCUCAAUUCACCAUGGCUCACCAGGUGAAGGGUUGAGAGAGUCCUGUGCUGAGGGCAUGGGGACACUGCUGAGGAUUGACUCUGAAGGGAGAUGGCAGCCCUGUCUUUAUGAGCCACAUUUCUUGAGCUGCAAGCCACCUCUCUCACAUUCCUCACCACACCAUGGUUGAUUUUAUCUUGUCGUUCUCUUUUUAAGCCAACAGAAGGCCUUUUAUUUAUUUACCUAUUUAUUUUAUUUAUUUUUUAAGCUGAGGCAGGGGGGAGGGUGGGAUUUUCCUGUAAAGUCAAAGUGUGUGAGGAGAGGGUGGGCAGGGUUGGUGAGGGGAAUAUUUUCUUAUAUUUCACAGAGGAAAUUAAGGAGAAAAGAGGGGAAGAGUCUUUGUGAUGCCACCCCCUAGUCUUUGGGGUAAGGGCACUUCUUACUCUUUCCCUCUUCUCUCAUUACAAGAACAAAAAGGAAAAGAGUAAAAAAAGAAACCAAACAAAUUAACAGAGCGAUCUGCAAUCCAGAACACACGGCAGCUUGUCAGAACACCUCUGAUAGCGGCCACCAAGAAGGCGUUCCUUUCUUUUGUAAAUAUUUCUUUUUUAUUGCGUUUUUGUAUAAAUUGGUGUUUCUCUUCUUGUGAAUAUUCAGG